UUUUUUUCAUAAGUUAUAAAUCAAUAAUUUGCCGACCAAAACUAACCCCCCUGCAUUUAUACCAGAAUCCCACUAGAUCAGCAUAACUGCAUUGCUGAAAUUAAGGGGAUGACUGGAAAAUGCUUUCUCUGUCAAAGAAGCCUCUUAUAGUUGGAACAAACCAGUAGUUAGUACUAGUCAUCAUGGGAAAUUGCUUGUUUGGUGGCAUGGGAGGUGCGGAGGAGGCUGAGACCAUCCAAGUUGUCACGGCAAAUGGCGGUAUUAUGGAAUUCCAUGGCCCUAUAACAGUAGGCUUUAUCUUGGAGGAAUUUCCUUGCCACGCCAUUUUCAAGAGUGACGAUCUCUUCUGGAAGCCGUUGUUAAACAAUGAAGAGCUUCAUCCUGGAGUUUCAUACUUGCUUCUUCCAGUGGCGUCACCAGGAUUUUCGAAGUGUGGCUAUGGCUUGACAGAAUUCUUAUGUGCCGACAAUAAAAAUGUUCAAUUCAAUUUCCGCCCCUGGCUUCUUCCGCUUCAUACGAGUAAAGAAUAUAAAGAUGAGUUUGAUGUUAAGGUAGGGCAUGUUAGAUCCAAGAGUAUACCUACAGGUACAACAGGAGGGAAUGCAGGUUAUAGGAUGUCCUUUGAUAGUAGGAGUACAACUCAAAGCAAUGUUCUCAAGAGAUCAAAUACUGAUGUCUUUUCGAGGUACAAUAAUAAAGGAGCAAAGGAAGGAGUUUGGAAGGUGAAGCUGGUGAUUACUCCAGAGCAGUUGGUGGAGAUACUGUCACAAGAAUCGCGAACUGAGGAGUUGAUUGAGAGCGUCAGAACCGUAGCAAAAUGUGGUUGCAAUGGGGCCGCCUCUACCGGGUUUUCAGAUCAAUGGAGUGUAGCCAGUAGCAGGGCUUCCUCAAAGAAAGAUUAGUAUUCGAAACUUAGUUUACUCCGUAAUCUCUUAUUCAACUGUUUUUAUUUUUCUUUGGGGGAAGGGGGGUGGGAACAAAGAAAAGAGCAUAGCGCUGAUUUUGCUUGUGCUGCUAACAAGAUUUCUGUCUGUAUAGUUUCUGGAAGAGUUCUUUAAGAGAUGCUGAAUUCUGCCUUAAGCAGACAUUUGAAUGUGCAAGUGUUCUGAUUUAUGCAAUGAAUUCCAUUAGCUAAUAUGAUUAUAUUAAAUGAGUUUUAUGUUCAUGUAAUUUGUGUUUGUGCUUGUUAUUGAAAGUUCUGCCUUUAUAUUUUAUGCCCCCUUCUCUGUACUGUGAUUAAUCACCCAUGGAAGAGCCGCGAAUCUAGCAUAAAUCUAGAUUAAAUAAUUCAGGUUUAUUUAAAGUGAUUGUUCUUUGCUACACAUGUAGUGUUUUGCAAAUUUCAUUAGCAUAGCCAAUCUAGUUAGUGAUCUGGUGGCAUCAAAGUCACCAUCUCGGAUGUCCUGCAGGAAAACUUGGAUCGAGUCUCAGAUGCAUCAUUUCUCUGUAUAGGGUCUAACAACGACUAGGCAUUGAGGUCUAGUCAGAUUCGGGUCUGGGUGUUGAGGUUCGACGAGUGGUCCACGAUGGCCUGGAUCCGAAGGUCGAGAAUAAACCUAGUCAAUCUAUCCACCAAAAAAAAAAAAAAAAAAAAAAAAC